AUGGAGGAGAAGAGGGUGGGGAAUGUUGUUCCCUCACCAAGGAAAUCAUGGGGAGAGAAGUGUGAAAUGGAUAUGGGGGAGAUAGGAGAUGGGGGUGCUAAGGUUGCAAGUAUUCAAGAGGAGAAAAAUGGGUGUCUACGUGAACUGCUAGGUAAUCAAAGUCCUGUUCAGGAACUGGAAAUGGAGGUUGUUGGUGUCGAGGAAGGAUGGAAUUAG